ACUUCAUAAAGUCUCGGUGCAAAACACUAAAGUCCACCGUCAGUGCUACGAUGGAGCUCCAGGGGAAAGUUGCGCUGGUGACUGGCGCUGCCCAAGGCAUCGGGAAAGCAAUUGCUGAAAUCCUCCUGAAGAAUGGCGCUAAGGUGAGUCUGUUGGAUAUCAGUGUAGCCAGAGGGGAAGCUACCAAAGCUGCCUUUGGACAGACCUAUGGAGCUGAGAAUAUUUUGUUCCUUCCAUGUGAUGUAACAUCUGAGAAUCAGCUUAAAGAUUGCUUCAGCAAAACUCUUGAAAAAUUUCAGAAAUUGGAUAUAGUAUGCAACAAUGCAGGGAUCUUUGAUGAGGAAAACUGGGAGAACUGCCUCAGUAUAAACCUGGUCAGUGUAAUUAAAGGAACCUAUCUGGGAAUACAGCACAUGAGUAAAGAGACUGGAGGGAAAGGAGGAGUGAUUGUUAAUAUCGCCUCCAUGGCAGGUUUGAUUCCUUUCCUCCUUGGACCAGUUUAUUCAGCCUCAAAGUACGGAGUAGUAGGAUUCACUGCGUCACUGUCUCUGACCUGCCUUGAGAAGCAUGGGGUGCGAUUACAAGCGCUGUGUCCUGUUUUCGUCGACACUAAGCUUCUGACAGAUCUGAAAUCAGUGAAGGCUCCUGACCAGAAGGAGAAGCUUGAGAUGAUGAUCGCCAACCUUGGAGUUCUGAAGACCUCACAUGUUGCAGAGGGAUUCUUGCAGCUCGUUAUGGAUCCGACCAGGAAUGGAGCAUCGCUGAAGGUGCUGGAAAAUGGCAAGCUUGAGUAUGAAGCCAUACCGACGAUUCUUCCAGAAAACCCAAAAUCUAUUUAGGGACCUCAAUGUAUUCAAGCGACAGGUCAUUGAGAAUGAUGGAAAGUUUAAACAUGGUCAAAUAUAAAAGGAUGAACAUUUUAA